UUGUAAUUAAUCCUUUUCUGCCAGAUUUGGAUCACUACUAUUAUUGCCAGGGUUCAAGGUCCAGUUUGAGGUUUUGUAGGUUGUGGGGACACAAGGGAACCCCAUGACCUCCAGGAAUUCACAGCCUCUUCUUCCCCCCAGGUAUUGAAAACCUCCCCUUUGAGCUCCAGAGAAACUUCCAGCUCAUGCGGGACCUAGACCAGAGAACAGAGGAAGUAUUAGAUAUCAUCUGUGGACCUGCAUUCUGGCAACUCUUGAGCAAGUUUGGCUGCCCUGAGAAAUUCACUUGGAGCCUGAGGCUACUCCCCGAUGGUCAGUCCUGCUCAAGAAAUAACAAGUGAUCUGCAAGCUUGUGAUCAAGUCCCAUUGGGAAGACAUCAUAGUUAAUUCAUCACAACAUCAAAAGUCCUGAAAUAGUCAUCCGGGAGCAGCCGAAUGCUGGGGAUUGACUUGUUUUCUCUGUAAUCCAAUCCUGACUUUUGAAGUGCACACAACAAGAAGAGAUGUCAGAGAACAUGUCAUUGUUUGCAUGCCUCAUAAUAUGUUUUUUUGGGAAACUGACAGAUGAAAUGUAGUGCAAACAUAGAAUGAAUCACCGUACCAAACUGAAGAUCUACAGAGCACUGGUUCUGCCCAGUUCAAGACCCGGACCUGUUGUAGUCAACUCAAUCCAUCUCAUGAGCAGUUUCAAUGAGCUCUACCAAGGAACAAAUGGCAAACCAGGAUCAUCAAUAAUAAACCUGAAAGCAGAAAUUGACAAGCUGGCCACUGAAUAUAUGAGUAGCGCCCGCAGCCUCAACUCAGAGGAAAAGCUGGCAUUACUUAAGCAGAUCCAGGAAGCCUACGGCAAAUGCAAGGAAUUUGGGGAUGACAAGGUGCAGCUCGCCAUGCAGACCUAUGAGAUGGUGGAUAAGCAUAUUCGAAGACUGGACACAGAUCUAGCCCGUUUUGAGGCUGAUCUAAAAGAGAAACAGAUUGAGUCAAGUGACUAUGACAGCUCUUCCAGCAAAGGAAAAAAGAAAGGCCGGGUUCAGAAGGAGAAGAAAGCUGCCCGUGCUCGUUCUAAGGGUAAGAAUUCAGAUGAGGAGGCUCCCAAGGCUGCCCAGAAGAAGCUGAAAUUUGUGCGCACAAGCCCUGAAUAUGGUAUGCCCUCAGUGACUUUUGGCAGUGUCCACCCUUCAGAUGUGUUGGAUAUGCCAGUGGAUCCCAAUGAACCUACCUACUGCCUUUGCCACCAAGUUUCCUAUGGGGAGAUGAUUGGCUGUGACAACCCUGAUUGUUCCAUUGAGUGGUUCCACUUUGCCUGUGUUGGAUUAACAACCAAGCCUCGAGGGAAAUGGUUCUGCCCUCGGUGCUCUCAGGAACGGAAGAAGAAAUAAACAAAGACCUUGGAUGUCAUCAUAAUUUCAUCUCUUCUCACCUGGGCUUGGGCAUGGGGUGGAAAUCCUGUGUUGGGGUGUUGGAACUCAGGGGGAGAAGGGGGCUGGUACAGAGAAGUCACUCCCUUCUCCCCCUUCCUCCCCCACACACAUACACACUCUUGGUGCUGAGGCUGCAUCUGAACUGCAGUAGGGUGGGUGGUAUGUGCCCUCCUUUAGAACAUCACCUUCUCCUUCUUGGGGUUGGUGGAGGAGGGGUCAUCCCCACUUCCCCUUUGCCUCCAUGCUGAGGUUGGUGCUGUAUCUUGGAGGGAUACCUUUUUACUUCCCUCACUGUAUAUAGGGAGUGGGACAGCAGUAUAGGGGCGCCUCCCUUCCCCCCCAUGGUGGGGGCUAUGGUAUGUUGAUCUUCCUUCUCUCCUUGGACUUCAUCUUUUUGUAGGGCCCUUUCUGUAGGGUCACCUUCUGCCCUGUGACAAGGGAGUUUUUAGGCUUGUGUGUAUUGGAGGGAGGUAGAGUGGGUGGGAGAAUAAAAGUAAUGAAAUCUG